GCCCUGGGCUCGAUUGUUCAAGUGGUUGCCGAUUUGAAUGAGCAUUCUCAAGUUCCAAGUCUCCGCUUAAAGAAAGUGUGACGUUGUCUCAGCCGCUAUUGAUUGAGAAAGGAGUGGAGGCAAAAAAGUCAAAAAACAAAUUUACAGGUCCAGAAAUUUUUGUUUUUUGACGUUGCCAAUUUAACAACCAAUUCAUUCAAUAAGCCAUGUCUCGCGCCGUCUCCUCUUUUGCAUCCUCAUUGGCUCGCCGUUCCGUUCGUGCAGUCCAGCCACGUAUCCAGGCCACUGCCAUUGGUGCCAGACGUUUGUAUAGCACCGAGAACUUGCCUGCUCCCGGUGCAGGUGGCAACGAUCCCAAGAUCGCUUCCAUUGUUGACGAGAUCUCCAAAUUGACCCUUUUGCAGACUGCUGAUCUUGUUUCACAACUCAAGACUCGUCUCAACAUUCAAGAUAUUGCUAUGCCCGUCGCCAUGCCUGCCGCACCUGCUGGUGGUGCAGCGGCAGCUGUCGAGGAAGAGAAGCCUGCCGAGAAGACUGACUUCAAGGUUAAGCUCGAAAAGAUUGACCCCGCUGCCAAGGCAAAGGUCAUUCGUGAGGUCAAGAACCUUACUGGCAUGAACUUGGUCGAGGCCAAGAAGUUCGUUGAGAGUGUACCAAAGGUCCUCAAGGAUUCCGCUCCCAAGGACGAGGCUGAGAAGUUGAAGAAGGCUUUGGAAGCCCUUGGUGCCACUGUUGUUUUGGAAUAAGGGAGCCAAUGCAAUCAUUGUCCCUGUUUAUUUCUUUUUUCCAACCAAUUACCACAUCAAACCCGCUCUCAUCUGCUCUCCUCAGCUGCUGGACUCCACAAGGAACCAAAAAGAAAAAAUAGACUUUUU